ACAACAUAUAUACUUAAGUUUCUAAUUGCGGCUAAAGUAAUUCCCGAUGUGUGCAAUGUUUUUAGCGUUAACAACAAGAAAUAAUAUUGCCGCAACUGUAAAACCCAAUUGAUCGCAUUAAUCUGUUAGUUAUAUAUGGUGUUAAACUGCAAUAUAUCAGAAUUUAAAAAAAAAACAGUGUCAACUUUUACAGCCGUCCGGAUUAGGGUUCAUAUAUCUGUUAAGUAUUAUCUACAAAUUAAUCAUUAAGCGGUUUGGUAGCAAAUAUAGCAAAUAUUCAACUGCGGUUGAAGUUAGUUGCCCCCGCUGCAUGAGGGUGGACGUUCAAAAAAUAUACAAAGAUGAAGGAGAACGAUCAAGACGAUCCAGUUCCCUUAACCAACUCGGAUAUUGAUAGAUAUGCCGAGAAUAAUGUAAACAAAGCCAAGCGGCCUGAAAGUUUACAUUUGGGAAAUAAGGAAAAACGAGAAGAUGAUCUUCGUUAUACAAAUUAUGACCAAAGCGAACGUCGUCAGGCAGAUGUACCCGAUGAUAUAUCAAUAACAAAUAGCGAUGUAAUAUUAAGGCGUCCUGCAGUCAACCGGAAAAAUACAAACCUGUCUGCUAGAGUGACACCAAGAGCUGAAGUUUUUAAAUCUUCGCAUCCCCAUUCGACCGGGGAUCUGCAAUCGUAUUACCAAACCGCACAACAACGCAGGCCACAAUCAAAGAAUAAAAAAAAAGAGAUGGUACUUCAGUUGGUUAUUCCAUCUCCAGUGUAUAACAGAAGUCCACCGAAUCUCAAUUCAUUUGCUUACCCGAUUGAUACAGGUGAUAAUUACGAAAACCAUAGAUUCACGUUCUCGAGCCAGAUAUCACAAUCGAAUGAUCUGUCCAGUCCUGCUAGUUACCAUCUGAAUGAUGAACAUGAGCAAAAGAUGUUCAAGGCAUCGGAAUAUUCAAGGUCAACAUCCAGCAUCAAUACUUCGCAUACUCCGUCUACGCCAGACGAAAAGAGAAAGUUCUUUAAUUCCAGUCUAAGCGCCACCCUUGGCGUUCUGUUCUCUCUAAUGAACAUCACAAUCGGGAUAUCCGUUUAUAUUAUCGACGCCUUACAACUGGAUUCGAAGGAGAUUAACCGAUUAGCAGAAGGAUUCAGUCUAUUUCUACUGUUAACCGCACUCCUGUACUUGUUGUAUCUCACCGUAGAUAUAUCCGUUUUCAAUCGUAAAAGGAGAAAGUUUGAGCAACUGUUGGAAGAAAGUACGCAGGAAGAAGUUGAGAUGACGAAAAAUGCGAAUGGCACGUUACAGCUGAACGUAACCCUACCGAAAAUUGCAUCUCUAAAGAAGCAACUCGAACACAACUACUGUUUUAAUAGAGAUAGACAUUCUACAAAUUUUUACCUUAAAGUUGGGGCCGCAGGAUUUUGCUUUGGCCACCUGAUCCACAGUUUGAUAAUACUAAUUUAUAGAGGAAUGGCUUUGGACGAUAACAUAUCCUCGAAAUGUGACAAUGUCCUUACCUUCAUAAUAGAAGUUUUGUAUCCCGUAUAUUCUAUAUUACUGCUUUUCUUCAUAUUUAAAUACUCUAACGUGAUCAUUAAUAAAAACCAAGUAUUGCACAGAUUCGGUUUUAUGCAUUGCAUUUCUGCUAGUCUGUGUUUUUGGAUAUGGACCAUUUUCAGAGAGACGGCUGAGUAUAUCACAUAUCAGAAGGACAAAAGUUUCUUUUUUGACCACAACAAUGAAAGCCAUAACGCUUUCUCUUUUGUCACGUAUCCCUCAGAAAUCGCCCCGAGGCGUUUCACCAGAGUCUGCGAACAUGACGAGCUUUCCGUUAUAUAUCAAAAUUAUUCUCCGUACUUGUACCCAUUUAGCGUUGAAUAUUCUAUUCUUGUUGUGGGUAUUUUGCUAAUUGUUUGGCAAAAUAUCGGAUUAUGCAAGGUGCCAUCCGGCAGCCCACACGACAGGCAUUCUUUAGAUACAAACGAGUGCAAACAUCAAAACAAACCUAUUGAACCGGAGGGAAACGUAUCCGUACACGCCGACUGUCAUUCCGCUAACAAGGGACUUUUCGGGGGAUUUUUGGUGAUGGUGUUUGCCCUUGUUAGCAUAAUCGUAUUCUUUAUAACGUAUUACAGCAAGGAAUCAGACUUUGCCGAAUCGGGGCGAAUUCUCAAUCGAUGCACUCAUCUGGUAAUAAUGGCUCUAAUGGUGGUGACUGCGAUAUGGGCUUACGUCCAAAUCUCAAAAUUGGACAUCAACACUCAAGCGCACAAUCAACUUGAUAACAUCCUUCUGCUCAUUUGUAUGCCAGCCUUCUUCGUGCAUAGUAUAUUCAGCAUCAUUCCGGCCAUCAUUUUCAGGAACGCUUUGGCGAUUCUGGGAAUCACGUUUGAGGUAGCGCAAAUUUUGAUCCAGACGCCUUUAAUGAUAGACGGUAUGGCCAGAUCAAGCAACACUAAAGAAAAUAGGCAGAAGAAACCAGGAAGAGAGCUAGUGACUUUUUUAAUAAUAUGCAACAUAGCGAUGUGGCUCAUGCAAACUUUCGAAGUCAAAUCUCACGGCUUAGACCAAUAUAGACAGGAGUAUUACUCGAAGGAACUAUGGUCGAUAGUGGGCCACGUUUGUUUGCCUUUGAUGAUGUUUUACAGGUUCCAUUCAUCCGCGUGUUUGGGAGACAUUUGGAAAUAUGCCUAUAUUCCAUCCGGACACUGACUCGAACUGUUUGAAGAGCGAAGCUUGUAAUCUGUGAUUGUAUUUGUUACUUUAACGUAGUUAGUAAUUCGAUGUAAAAAUAUCAAAAAAAAAAACACAUUAUGUAUUGAGGAAAGGUAAAUUUUGCUUUGUUUAAAUUUUUAAGCUUAUUGUAAUAAAGAAGUA